GUUCAGCAACAUUUAUAUUAUUCAUUCAUAUUGUUUCACUGUCACUGACUCUGGGUCAGUUUUCUACUUGUGGACUUUAGAGAGAAGAAGAUUCAGGAUGAACUUCUGUCAGUCAAUCAACAGUUUGACUCGACGCUGUGAUUGGCUGAGUCCAACACAUUAAACCUACAACUGUCUCAGACUGAAGAUGAGUGUUUAUGAGGAGGAAGAGGACAGAGCAGAGUCUCCAGGGUCCAGCUGUCUGUCUCUGAAGAGUGACUGGUCCAUGGAUCCUCCUCCAGUCUUCAGUAAUGAACCUGGACCCUCAACCACAGAGGAGAGGAAGAGGAGUCAUGUUUCUGAGGAGGAGCAGUCGUCCUGCUGUGCUUCGUGUCAGGACGUCCUGAAGGAUCCAGUCUCCACCAGCUGUGGACACUCGUUCUGCAGACAGUGCAUCACCUCAUACUGGGACCAGUCUGGUUCUUCAGGAGACUCCUCCUGUCCCCAGUGUGGACAAAGAUCCAGAACAGGAGCUGGAGGUCAGACAGCCGCAGAUCGUGGUCUGCAGGAGGCUUCAGAUGAACAUAAGCUCAGUGUGAGGAGGAGAUGUGAACAUGUGACUGAAGGAAGUGAUGAAACAGGAAGUAGAACCCUCCUCAACAGGAUCUACACUGAGCUCUACAUCACAGAGGGACAGAGUGAAGAGGUUAAUACUCAACAUGAGGUGAGGCAGCUUGAGACGGCUUCCAAGAUGAAGAUCCUCCAGGACACUCCCAUCAAGGUCCACGACAUCUUUAAAGCCUCCACUGACCAGCAGAGCAGCAUCAGAGUCGUCCUGACCAACGGCGUCGCUGGCGUUGGAAAAACCUUCUCGGUGCAGAAGUUCACUCUGGACUGGGCAGAGGGUUUAGAGAACCAGGAUGUGGGUCUGCUGGCUGUGCUUUCGUUCAGGGAGCUGAACCUGGUGAAGGACCAGCAGCACAGUCUUCUCACGCUGCUCCAUGUUUUCCAUCCAGCGUUACAGAAGCUCACUGCAGAGACGCUCGCUGUCUGUAAACCUUUGUUCAUCUUUGACGGCCUGGAUGAAAGCAGACCUUCUCUGGACUUCAACCACAGGGAGCUUGUGUCUGAGGUCACACAGAGGUCAUCAGUCAACGUGCUGCUGACAAACCUCAUCCGGGGGAAUCUGCUUCCCUCGGCUCUCGUCUGGAUAACCUCCAGACCUGCGGCGGCCAAUCAGAUCCCUCCUGCAUGUGUUGACAGGGUCACAGAAGUACGAGGCUUCACUGAGGCCCAGAAGGAGGAGUACUUCAGGAGGAGAUUCAGUGAUGAAGAGCUGUGCAGCAGAAUCAUCUCACACAUCAAGACGUCCAGGAGCCUCCACAUCAUGUGUCAAAUCCCAGUCUUCUGCUGGAUCAGUGCUACAGUUCUGGAGCACAUGUUGACCACAGACCAGAGAGGAGAGCUGCCCAAGACCCUGACUGACCUGUACUCACACUUCCUGCUGGUUCAGACAAAGAGGAAGAACAACAAGUACGGUAAGAAGAGGACUGACAGAGACGUUCUCCUGAAGCUGGGGAGGCUGGCACUUAAACAUCUGGAGGAAGGAAACAUCAUGUUCUACCAAGAAGACCUGGAGCAGUGUGGUCUUAACGUCACAGAGGCCUCGGUGUACUCAGGAGUUUGUACUGAGAUCUUCAGAAGAGAGUGUGUGAUCUUCCAGAAAUCAGUCUACUGCUUUGUUCAUCUGAGCGUUCAGGAGUUUCUGGCUGCAGUCUACAUGUUCCACUGUUACACCAAGAGGAACACAGAAGAACUCAACAACUUCUUGGGAACAUAUGGGAACACAGACACCUUCUCCCUGGAUGACCUCCUGAAGAGAACCAUGGAGAAAUCCCUCACCAGUACAAAUGGUCAUCUGGACCUGUUUGUUCGCUUCCUUCACGGCCUCAGUCUGGAGUCCAACCAGAGAGUCUUAGGAGGCCUGCUGGGUCGGACAGAGAACAAUCCAAAGAUCAUCCAGAGAGUCUCAGGAUGGCUGCUGGGUCGGACAGGGAACAAUCCAGAGAGUCAUCAACAACCUGAAGGAGAUGAAGAGUGAUAAGAUUUCUCCUGACAGAAGCAUCAACAUCUUCCACUGUCUGACUGAGAUGAACGACCACUCAGUUCAUCAGCAGAUGAAACAGUUCCUGACGUCAGAGAACAGAUCAGAGGAGAAACUCUCUGAGAUCCACUGCUC